AUGAAGGGCAGAGCAGCAGAGAGACGAGAUAAAGGGAAGAGCAGCAGAGAGACGAGGCAGAGGGAAGAGCAGCAGAGAGAUGAGGCAGAGGGUAGAGCAGCAGAGAGACGAGGCAGAGGAGCGGAGAGACGAGAUAAAGGGAAGAGCAGCAGAGAGAUGAGGCAGAGGAGCGGAGAGACGAGGCAGAGGGGCAGAGCAGCAGAGAGACGAGGCAGAGGAGCGGAGAGACGAGAUAAAGGGAAGAGCAGCAGAGAGACGAGGCAGAGGGAAGAGCAGCAGAGAGAUGAGGCAGAGGGUAGAGCAGCAGAGAGACGAGGCAGAGGAGCGGAGAGACGAGGCAGAGGGGCAGAGCAGCAGAGAGAUGAGGCAGAGGGUAGAGCAGCAGAGAGACGAGGCAGAGGAGCGGAGAGACGAGGCAGAGGGGCAGAGCAGCAGAGAGACGAGGCAGAGGAGCGGAGAGACGAGGCAGAGGGGCAGAGCAGCAGAGAGACGAGGCAGAGGAGCGGAGAGACGAGGCAGAGGGUAGAGCAGCAGAGAGACGAGGCAGAGGAGCGGAGAGACGAGGCAGAGGGGCAGAGCAGCAGAGAGACGAGGAGGAGGGACAGAGAGACGAGAUAA